GAAUUCCCUUUGAUGGUGGGCUGCGCUGCCUAUGCUGGAAGAUACUCCUGAACUACCUCCCUUUAGAGAAAGCCUUAUGGAGCUCUUUGCUGAAGAAACAGAGAGAUCUGUAUUCCCAGUUCCUGAAAGAAAUGAUUAUCCAGCCUGGGAUCGCCAAAGCCAACCUGGGUGUUUCAAGGGAAGAUGUGACCUUAGAAGAUCACCCUCUCAAUCCAAACCCAGACAGUCGAUGGAACACUUACUUCAAGGAUAAUGAAGUGCUUCUCCAGAUAGACAAAGAUGUCAGGAGGCUGUACCCUGACAUGGCAUUCUUCCAGCGCCCAACGGACUACCCUUGCCUUUUAAUCCUGGACCCCCAAAAUGAGUUUGAGACGCUGCGCAAGCGGGUGGAGCAGACCACACUCAAGUCACAGACGGUGGCGCGAAACCGCAGCGGCGUUACAAAUGUGAGCUCCCCUCUUAAAACGACUCCUAGUUCUCUGAGCGAGUACGAAGUCCUGCCCAAUGGCUGUGAAGCUCACUGGGAAGUGGUGGAGCGAAUCCUGUUCAUCUAUGCCAAGCUGAACCCCGGGAUAGCGUACGUUCAGGGAAUGAAUGAAAUCGUGGGGCCUCUUUACUACACCUUUGCUACAGACCCUAACAGUGAGUGGAAAGAACAUGCUGAAGCAGACACGUUUUUCUGCUUUACCAAUCUAAUGGCUGAAAUUCGGGACAACUUCAUUAAGAGCCUGGAUGAUUCUCAGUGUGGUAUUACCUACAAAAUGGAGAAGGUCUACUCCACCUUGAAGGAAAAAGAUGUGGAGCUGUAUUUGAAACUGCAAGAACAGAACAUCAAACCCCAGUUCUUUGCCUUCCGCUGGCUGACACUGCUCUUGUCGCAAGAGUUCCUGCUGCCAGAUGUCAUCCGUAUCUGGGACUCCCUCUUUGCCGAUGACAAGCGCUUUGAUUUUCUUCUGCUCGUCUGUUGUGCCAUGUUGACACUAAUCCGGGAUCAGUUGCUGGAAGGAGACUUCACUCUGAACAUGAGGCUGCUACAGGACUAUCCUAUCUCUGACGUUCAUCUGAUUUUGAAGAAAGCAAAGGAACUUCAAGAUUCCUAAUAGCCCGUGAACCUGACCAAAGGUGUCAGAAGCUGUAUGGCAGCAGAUCCCAGGAGACUCCCCCAUGUGGUGUGAUGCAUUCAAGCUCCUCCUGGUCUCUGCAGGACUUCAAGUUUUGUGUUUGGGCUACUGGCCACCUUGAAGAUUUCCUUCUACUCUAUUUAUUAGGUCAAGGACUGAUUACUUCCCCAUCUACUUGGGUUCUG